UAUGGGGGCCGCGCGGGGCCAAAAUUAGUGUAGGCGCUGUAAUUAGCUGCUGUUGAUGCACAUUUUUUGGAGCUCGGCAGUUUCAGUGCUGCCUUAUUAGUUCGAGAGGGCGGUCGCUGGGAGCGCCAAGGAACCAGGCCAAGAAUCCAGAUCUGUGUAGAAUCAACAUGGCAGCCAAACGGAUUAUCCAGGAGACAUUUGACAGUGUGGUGCAGGAAAAUAUCAGUGAGUUUGGCAUGGAACCGGAAGAAGCAGUGAUUGACGCUAUCCAGCAGUUUGAGUCUCAAGGUGUGGAUUUGAGCAACAUAGUGAAAGUAGCCCCCAAUCCUGUCCCUGAGAAUGGUCAAGAACAGAAGCAUGUCAUUCUGCAGACGUUGGACUCCCUCCAGAAAGCUGUGGUUGACUCUGACUCUAGCAAAGUCGAUGAGCUUCUAGUCAGCUUUGCCGAGCAGUGCAGACAGGAACUGGCAGUCCGUUACCUGGCGGGGCAGAAAGGGGCCUACCCCGCUGUGCUGGCGGCUUGUCGGCUGGCGUCUGAAGACAGGUGCUCGCUGCUUAAAGCCCUCAAUGCCCUCUCUGCGCUCAUGGAUGGCCAGCCUGACCUCCUUGAUGCCUCCGGGCAGGAGCUGUUGCUGCGAGUGCUGCGGGAGAGCCGGGACGAUGCUGAACUGACCCUUGCCGCGGUGCGUGGCAUUCGCUACGCCUGCCUGAAGCACGAGCAGAACCGGCAAGACCUGGUGAAAGGCGGCAUCCUCCAGCUUCUGGCUGGGGCCAUCGUCCGACAUGGGGACCGCGCCGAUGUCGUCCGGGAGGCCUGCUCGGGGCUGCGCAUCCUGACAUUUGACGAUGACAUCCGGGUGCCCUUUGGCCACGCCCAUGACCACGCCAAGAUGAUUGUGGUGGAACACGACGGUUUGAGGAUCCUUAUAGAAGCAGCCAAAGUCUUCACAGACAACUGCAGCGUCCUGAGCGAAAUCUGCGCCACCCUCGGCCGCCUGUCUGUCCGGAAUGAGUUUUGCCAGGAGAUAGUGGACCUCGGAGGCUUAAAUUUCAUGGUGGCAUUGCUGGCCGAUUGUAUUGACCAUCAGGAGCUGGUGAAGCAAGUGCUGAGCGCCAUCCGGGCCAUUGCGGGCAACGAUGACGUGAAGGACGCCAUUGUCAAUGCCGGAGGGACUGAUAUCAUUGUGUUGGCCAUGAGCCGCCACCUGGGGAGCCCUCAGGUGUGCGAACAGAGCUGCGCGGCCCUGUGCAUGCUGGCCUUGCGCAAACCAGAGAACUGCCGUGUCAUCAUGGAAGGUGGGGGGGCUUUGGCGGCGUUGCAGGCCAUGAAGAUGCAUCCCAGGGAAGUCACUGUUCAGAAACAAGCCUGCAUGCUGAUCCGUAACCUCGUCUCCCACAGCCGGGACUUUUCCCAGCCCAUCUUGGAGAUGGGAGCUGAGAACUUGAUUACGGAGGCCCGGACGGCGCACAGGGACUGCGAUGACGUGGCCAAAGCAGCCUUGCGUGACCUCGGCUGUAAGGUGGAGCUGCGGGAGCUCUGGACGGGCCAGAAGGGAGGCCUUGCACGCUGAGAAGCCAGUGUGGUCAAGCUGGCGAGACCUGCAUAGUUCUCACAGGCUGAAGGGAAUGCAGACUGACGUAAAGCUGGGCCAUGUACUUAAGAGGGAUGAGUGUGUUCAUGUGCCCACUCCCGGCUUGUGGCAACCGGUAGGCCCACGUCAGUGCCAAGCGGGGUUUUGACUGUCUAGGCCAGAACAUACAGUGCCGCAGCUGUAUUCUUUUGGUCCCUCCUUCCUCCAGAGACAGGGCUGGCAUUGCCAUGUGGCCACCACACCGGAUCCUUACAACCUUUAAGGGGGCAGAGCCUGCCAACUCAUUCUACAAAGCUGGGCUGUAGUGAAAGGUGGGGUGGGGGUGGGCAUGUCUGUCCAUUUAGCACAUGGCUGUAAGUUGGCCCCUGCCUGGACUGCAGAAGGUUGGUUUGUCCCUCGACUAGGCCUCUGUUACUACGGCAACUACUGCUAUCCCAUGCUGUAACUCUGUUUGCUCUUCAAAUGUACUCCCCCGCUUUUCUCCUCUGAGCUCUUCCCUUGUGUCAUCGCGAUGUUGUUGAACAAA